AGGUGGAUGUCCUGAAAAGUCAAUGUGAUUAUGGCACUACCAACAUCAGAAUACACCAUUGGGGGAGUAAAAAUUCUCUUCCCUUGUAAGGCUUAUCCGUCACAACUUGCUAUGAUGAACGCAAUUGUGAAGGGGCUCAGCUCCAAGCAGCACUGCCUGUUGGAGAGUCCAACCGGAAGUGGAAAAAGCUUGGCUUUGCUCUGCUCUACGUUGGCUUGGCAGCAGGCACUCUAUGAAAAACCGCUUGAUGCCUUAUGCUCAAUGGAAUGCAAGAAAACAGAGGCUUUGAAGCUGUGCCAGUGCCUGUGCCAUGCUCAGUUCUCCGUUCAGGAUACAAAAGGAGGCAGCCCAAACACUUCUUCUUUCUUCCCCAGCAGUGCAACAGAGACCUCCCCAGGCAGUGGGAGUAGCUCAAGAAACAGAGAGGCCAUCUCAAGAAUUACACUGGCUUCAAAACUGUCUGCCAAACAGCAAGCCUCAUUCCGUGAAGGAGAUGAUGAUUUUAGAAUAGACAGGAAAAGGAUCCGUUCACUCGAAACGGCGCAGCAGGCGAGAAAACGUCACCGGCUGGCCAAAGGAACCCAGCUAGUUGAUGCUUUGCAAGUUUACGAACAGCAGAAAAAAGGGGAAUUGACCGUGACUUCUGGAAAAACGGUCCCUUUUUCACUUAAAACAUUACAGCCUUCCAGUCCCUGUUCUAAGUGUUCCUGUUCCUCCAUUGAACAAACUGUCAAAGAUACCCCGGAUGCAAAGAAGAAGGAAAACGGACGGACGCCCCUGAUCCCCAAAAUAUUUUUUGGAACCCGAACUCACAAGCAAAUAGCUCAGAUUGUUAAGGAGCUGCAGAGGACGGCCUACUCACGUGUUCGCAUGACCAUUCUUUCGAGCAGGGACUAUUCCUGUGUCAAUCCGAGAGUCUCCCGAGGGAGCAACAAGAAUGAAAAAUGUGUAGAGUUGCUAGAAGGGAAAAAUGGCAAUUCUUGUUCUUUUUAUCACGGAGCCCACAGGAUUAGCGAGCAUCUCUUGAUCCAGUCUGCAGAUAAAAAAAACCAGGCUUGGGACUUAGAAGAUCUGGUGAGCCUGGGAAAGAAGCUCCGAUCCUGUGCCUAUUUUGCAGCUCGGGAGUUAAUGGUGGAUGCCGAGAUCGUGUUCUGCCCUUACAACUACCUUUUGGACUCUCAAAUAAGAGAAAGCCUGGAAAUUAAGUUGAAAGACCAGGUGGUGGUUUUAGACGAAGCUCAUAAUAUCGAGGACUCGGCACGGGAGUCGGCCAGCUACAGCCUGACAGAGGAACAGCUCAGAUUGGCUCGAGAGGAGCUAGAUGCUAUGGUGAACCACAACAUUAGGCGGGCGGACCAUGAACCGUUGCGUGCCGUAUGCUACAGUCUGACAAACUGGUUAAGGGAAGCCUGCAGUCAGCUGAUCGAGCGAGGUUAUGAGACCUCUAGUAAAGUGUGGAGCGGAAAUCAGAUGGUGAUAUUUCUGCAUCAAAUGGGAAUAACAGAUGCUACGUUUCCCAUCUUACAGAAACAUUUUCUUGCCGUGCUUGAAAAGGAAGAAAAGAUAACACGGAGCCACGGGGCAGAAGAAAUGGUUUCCAUGCCAGUUAUAAGUCCUUCAACGCAGGUUGUCCUAAAAGGUCUAUUUAUGAUCCUCCGGUAUCUUUUUAAAGAAAACCACAGGUUUGCUGAUGAUUACCGAGUUGCGCUGCAGCAAACCUACGUUUGGAUGAAUGAAAAUCCACCCGAUGCUCCGGAUAAGAAUGGUUUCUUGGCCAGCUCCAAAAAAAGAUCACGACACAAAGUGGCCAUUCAUUGCCUCAGCUUCUGGUGCUUGAAUCCAACAGUGGCCUUUUCUGACUUAAGUAGUGUGGUCAGAUCCAUCGUUUUAACCUCAGGGACGCUUUCUCCAAUGGACUCCUUUUCGUCUGAGCUUGGGGUGAAGUUUUCUAUUCAGCUUGAAGCAAACCAUGUUAUUAGAAAUUCACAGGUCUGGGUUGGCACCAUCGGAGCCGGCCCCAAACACCGGCCCUUAUGCGCAACUUUCCAGCACGCAGAAACCUUUGAAUUUCAGGACGAAGUAGGCGAGCUCCUGCUUUCAGUCUGUCAGACAGUGAGACGUGGGGUUUUGUGCUUUUUGCCGUCUUACAAGAUGUUAGAUAAACUGAAGGAUCGCUGGCUACAUACCAACUUAUGGGAGAAGCUUGAGAUGAUUAAAACAGUCAUUGUGGAACCCAAAGGAGGUGACAAAGCUGACUUUGUUGGGCUGCUGCAAAUAUACUACGAUGCCAUCAAAUGUCAGGAAGGCAGAGAUGGAGCGCUUCUGAUUGCCGUGUGCAGAGGCAAAGUUAGUGAAGGGUUGGACUUCUCUGACGACAACGCCCGUGCAGUUAUCACCAUUGGAAUUCCAUUUCCAAACUUGAAGGAUCUGCAGGUGGAGCUGAAGAGGAAAUACAACGAUCAACACUCAAAAGCAAGGGGCCUUUUGCCAGGAAGCCAGUGGUAUGAAAUCCAGGCCUACAGAGCUCUCAACCAAGCCCUUGGCAGAUGCAUUCGCCAUCGAAGUGAUUGGGGAGCACUUAUUUUAGUUGACAACCGUUUUGGAAGGAACCCAAAUAAAUACAUAACUGGAUUGUCAAAAUGGAUUCGCCAGCAGAUUCGGCACUAUGAAGACUUUGAUUGUGCCCUUGGCUCCUUAGAUACAUUUGCUAAAAUGAACCAGAAUGGCACUGGUGCUGCACUUCAGGAUAACGACAGAUCUCUGCUCAUAUCUACACGUUCGAAGACUCCGUCAUCACUUUAUCUUCUGGAGGGACCUCUUUCUCUAUCACCAAGCGUUCCUCCUGAAAGGGAAGUGCAAGAUUCAGCCCUGGAAACAUGUUGUGCUGCAGACAGCAUUGCAAUUCAUCCAGCUGUAUUCGAUUCUCCGUCAUCUUACCAGACAAUAAAACAAAACAGUGCUACCAACUCCAGUUCCAUGGGUUCACCAGCUGAAAACAGGAGAGGAAGAGCAAAUGGUCAGUUCUCUGCUGGCAGCAUAAAAAGGUAUUUCGGUAAAACGCUGACUUCAACACCUCUGCCAGCAGUAAAGAAGAACGACAUCUUCAAGGCUACCAGGCAGUCAGAAAGGGCAGCGGACAAAAGCAGUCACUCCGUUGCAUGUGAACCUCAGCAGAAUAUACUGUGGGAUGAAGAAGACCAACCACCUAGAUGGGUGCCAGAUGGGGAAAUGGUUGGCAGUUCUGCUAGAACAAAGAUCGGCUCGGUGACUGAGAAAUAUCCUCGUGAAAGGCAAUUCACUGGACAUAAAGACUUGGAGAACGUAGUGUCUUCUCCAAGGAGAGCAAACGUGGAACUUUCCAGGUCAGGUGUAGAUGUCGAAACUGAUGCUCAAGAUGACAGGAUCUAUUUUACGCCUGAACUUUAUGAUGAUGUAGAGUUGGUGGGAGAGAAGAACGAAGGGUUGAUUUACAAUUACAACAGCACUUUGACUUGCUUUGAAACUGCAAGUUCCGUUCUGGUGGAAGAGCUUUGUCAACCCCGUGCUCAAAAGCCGGGAAAUGUCACCUCCAGCUUUAAAGGUGAAGCAGGAGUGGGUGCAGAGCGGUGGAGGGUCAUGCAGAACAGCCAGAAUAACAAAGGUGCAGUUGAGGCAGCUGGGCGCAAUGCUGGCGUAGAUGAAGCUGAGCAGAAGGCAAAGAGAAAGGAAAACCAGCUUUCUGGAUCACAAAGCAAAGGUGUGUCUUACUAUCAGUUCACUUACCAGUAAAAAAUCAGGCUUGAGAAAACAAUCACAGGGUCUCUAUUUCUAGUUAAGGUUUAGGAAUGGAUUCAGAGAAUCCGUUUUUCGGAAGACUGGAGGGACAUCAUAAUCAUGCUUCAUGUACAUCUGCCUUAAUGGAAAAAGUUCAGUCAGAAUGGAGAUUGACCAGCAGUGUCCAAAGAUGUUCCACCUCUCCUCCCAUUCUCUUCUGCAACAUUCCAGAAUAGAGGAAGAUGUGACAUGGUCCACUCUUCAGUGUUCCUGUCUCUACAAGUGUUGGCAAAUGAAAGGAAGUGUCAGCAAGAUAACAAAUGUUACCAACCCAUGACGGAUUGGACCCAUUCUUAUUACAGAACAUUGCAGAGAAAACAGGAGGAGGCUGGACCAUUCCUUUCGGCAAUAGAUACAACCUACCAUGGAGAACAACUGGUGUAGUCUUGGGAGAACGCUCCAGAUGUUAAGAGGAUAGGAAGGAAUCACUGGAGUUUUGGUUUCCUCUGCUGCAAACUUAUUGUUUCAUGCUUAUUUUGUUAGUAUGUCUCACUAGCCUGAGGAAGGAAUCAGGUUUAUAUUAAGUGGUCAGGUGAGAUACCAUUUCCAAAUAAGUACAAUAUGGCCAUUUAAUUCACUACUUUUUUUUUCUUGUGGUAAGGGGGAAAGUUUAGGGUUAUAUGAGUGUAGAUUCUUCAACAAAAUAGUGCCUGCAAAGAGAUCCGUUGAGGAGUUAGCUUAGUAGCUAUCAGCUUAGGGAGACUGAUCAAAACCAUGUUAGUUUGCUGAAAUUUGGGGGCCAUAUCCCCAUCCCUAUCCUUUGGCCUCUUUAAACAACCCAAUUUCAUGUGAAAGCUAAACCAAACCAAGUACCUUUUUUACAGGAGAUACAUAAAGAAUUCUGUACUCCUAUGUUCCAUUAUUCACCAUCUGCUGAGCAAACCAGAAUAUGGUGGCAUAAGCAGGUGGCAGUAAUUAUAUAUCAUUUCAUGAGCCUAUCACCAAGCAUAUUUAUAUUAAGGAGAAGGAGAAGUCUGCAUGCAUUUUUUUGCUAGGAAAACGUACAGCAUGAAUCAGUUCUUUGCUUCUUCACCAGGACUUUAUUUUUUCCUACAUAAUUACUUGAUUUGUGUAAAAUACAAAGAUAGAGCAGUGUUUGUGGGAGCCAAAUCAGGUCUGAGGUAGUGGAGCAUAUUUAAUUAAAGAUGUAAGUCUGAUAGCUUUUAAGCAUUUUCUGAUGGUCACAUUAAGGCAGAUGAGACCAUUAGAAAUUAAUCUUAUAACAGGGAAUGCCACCCCAUAUCCACUGGUUUGGCAGUAAUGUCCAUCAUGUCCAUAUAUAUAUUCUAAAUAGAACAGAUUGUAAAGAAUAUAUCAUAAGAACUUAUAUAUUCUUUAGUAUCAAUUUUAGGACAGCUUAUUAGCUAUGCUGCAUAAUUUUUCAACAAAAUCUUAGGAGUUUUUUUCUUCUCCCAAACUGUGUUGGACUUCCUUCUUCCUUUCAAUCUGUUUGGGAUAAACAUUUUUCCUCUUAAUCAUUGUCAAAUAAACCAUCAUGAUGUGUUA